AAGGAGGUGACUGGAUAGCAUCUAAUCCAACUCUCGUUCAAAGCUACUACCUAGAGACAUUGCUUUGUUAUGCUUUAGGUAUUCUUUACAUUAUACCUUCUCAUAUCGUCGUUUAUCAUCAACACUAUAUUUACUAUAUUUACUAUAUUCACUAUAUUCAUAUUCCCUCCCGCCUUAUCUUUCAACUUUCGGCCGGAUGCCUUGACUGCCAAGAUGGUAAUUCGCCUGAUAAGGCCUGCUAAGCAUAAUAAUCAUGAGGGCCGGCAAUCCGCAUAAAGGGCCGAGAACUUAGAAGGUCCCCCUGAUUGGCUCAAGGUCAUUAAUCUAUUGCCCGGUUCUCCCCAUGAGACAUUUUGUUGUAGCCUCGCAGUCAUGAGUAGGAUUUGGCCUCAAUCCUGGUUAACUUGUCUAGCCCGCGUUCCACCACAACUACUCUCGGUCGUUUGUUGCGCCGCUUUGUAUGUAGCCCAUCCCCCAGUCCCGAUAAUUAAGAACCAAUUAGUGAGGUCGGAAGUUAGGGUGCGUCGAAUGUAUGAAGACAGCACAAGUAAUACAAAAUUUCCACAGCUUGGAUUGACAUCUAUUAAACAACAUGGCUUUACAUUAAAUUAGUAGUUCUUAAACCCGUCUCUAAGAUCUCUGUAAAGGGGCAUUAUUUGCUAUAGGUUACUGGGGCUCUAAUACCUUCCGGUACUCCCGUGUUUCGACAUUGCCAUUGUUUCAUAAUGAUCCAGAGUCAGCAGGCUGUUUUGUUAUGUGAGUAGGUAUUCGGUUGCUAAGCAUUAC